GGAAAAGGAUUCCGCGACGGAAGCCAACAACCUUUCGCACAAUCUUCUGCACUGCAUCAUCGCGAGUAUCCAAACUAUGUAUGAUGGAGGUUGAUGAAACGAAUGAAUCGAAGCCGUCGGAGGUGGGCAUGUGGAAAACGUUGAUUUCCACCUUAUCGUCGAUCGUAGAUAAUUGCGGCUCCAAUCUUGAAAUGAUAGUGAACAUGAUCCGUAUCGAUCUUACCUACGACGAUCCCGGACUGUUUCCUCCUGGUCUCCUCACGACCGACGCCGAGCGUCUCUCGUGCCGGGCCUGCAACUUCUGGCUGAUCAAUCAAUUGCUACGAAUUGCCACGAUGGACGCAUACAACAGCAUCUGUUCCAGUUAUACGCGUCUGCAGAAAGAGAUCGCCACCGCUUGUUACAUUAAGCAACGCUGGUUGGCACUCGAGAUUUCUGCCAAUUUUGUGGUGCUGCUUGAGAAGCUAAAUGCUUACCGUCCGGAGGAAAGUGUCUCGAUGAACGUGUUUCACGUGCGAUCGUUUAAUUUUGGCGAAGUGCACUCCAAAGAUUGUGAGUUCGCCGACAUUGCCAUAACAAGCGUGAAAACGUGCCGGAUGCUGCGGAUGCACUGCUUGCUUGUGCUAGCGGAGCUACCAUCGAUCUUGGCCAGUGAAUGCGAACCAGCGGCCCAUUCCAUCUUAGCCAGGGCUAUGCUGGCGGUACACUAUUGCCUUUCGCACGGUGCACUGGAAGAGAAAACAUUGUGCGUGCUUUUUGCGCGAAAGUACUUGAAACAUCACGGCCACACGUUGCCUAAUCAUCGCGCAUUGCAAAUCACGGUGGACAUCAUGGGGCUCACAUCAACGGCGCUGGAGCGACUAAAAUCGUGGCAUACCAGCGGCUUGGUGCGGGUUAGGCACGUUUGCGAUUUUCUUAUAGUUAUGGCGGAUUUCUUCGGUACGAUAAACGGCUUAAAGCUCCGCGGUGUGGAUGAGGCUUGGAAUCAUAGGCUCACGGCGAUGGUCACAGCGACGUUAAGGGGCACAAGUGUUCCCCUACAAAUCAGCGAACAAGCUACGAUCGCCACGGAAAAACUCAACGAACAAGUGCAUGUAUAUUUGAAGAAUCUUAAACCGGCCGCUACAAGCGCAUGCCUAUUAGUCUCCAUCAUGGAUCACUGCCCGGAUGUGGUAUUGCAGAUGGAUAACGCGAUCAUCGAGCAAUUGCUAAAAACGACAGCAAUCGCGUGCGAUAAUCUCGCGAUCGCCGUCACCGACAGCAGUAAUAUUUGGGCUACGCUAGUGAGGAAAAUGGAGACCAAUGAACAGCUACUGGAACGGCUUAUUGUACUGUCGCACAUCAUUAACUUCAAGUUACAGUGCCGCACUUUGAACAAACUAGAUGAACAUUCCAAGGAAUGUUUCUUCUUUCCGUCUAGAGAAACGUUGCUGUGCACGAGUAACUUGUUUGAGGUAUCUGGGAAAAGCUACUGCACGUUACUCGAUCUUUGCUUCGACGUGAUCCAUCUGCCCGACUGCAAACUACUCAGUUCCAAUCAGCAACUCACCCUGGUGCGUGUUUUAUUCGCGUCAUUCGAAGGAACAUUUCUACGUGUAGCAACGCUUGAAGAGCAGUCCGCAGAGAAUGCUUAUCUUAAGGAAGCCGAUACCACGAACUCUGCACGGAAGCACGCAUUAGAAAGGUUGUGUGCUUUACACACUGACUACCUAGCCGAUGGCAUUGUCAAAGAUACUGUACGGGAACGGUUUAUCCAGCUUAUAACGACGAUCGCUAGUUGUAGUGCAGAUGCAGAGAAUGCUGAAGAUGUUUUUUUCUUACAGAACGUUUUGCUGGCAGAGUUUCAGCAACUAGUACUGUCGAUCAAGUUAUCUGUUUCAAUGAUUUUCGAAAAGAUCCUCGUUCCAUCGCUUGUACUGUGUGCGAGAAAACCGGAACUCACGACGAAUGCUCUUAGUGCGUUGGAGAUGAUGUGUUGUAUUCGUUCGGCUACGGAUACAUCUGAAUUUCGUGUUUAUCAACGAUCGCCACAUCGACGAAGCUACGAGUGUGCUGGAUGCCGCCAGAGAUCCCACCAGCUAGAAGAUGAACAUUACAGCAAAAAGGCAACGGAACAACUGCUGUGCCAAGCAAAAUCGUUCGAACUGGAUGGUGCCGUAGUAUCGGCACUCGAACGCUUGAAGAACGCUCAAGACGUUUCAACUCGACUGGCUUGGGCAAACUUCCUACCAACGGCACUUCGGCACUGCGACUGUCUGGUCAGCGAAGAGUGGACCGUUUAUUGGAUUCCGUUAUUUGGCGACAAAUCGAUGGAAGUGUGUCAAACCGUGGGCAAACAGGCGGAGCUCGUAAUGCGCAUACUGGCGACAAAGCUGUCCAAUCACCAGGAUCGGUACGAAAAAUGCAUAAAUCUUUUGCUAGAAGAACUGCUGCGGGUAAUCAAGCACUGCUUGGAGCAAUCCCCAUCCUACUUAUACCAGUACACGGUGGUUCGACUGGUGGUAGCUGUGGUGGCCGGUCGUGCCGAUGCAGCACAGAUUCAGGUUGCAGGAUCAUGCCAGGAAAUGUUAAUGCAGAGUGUAAGAAUGAUGCUGUUUCUACUGAUGCAGCCUGAGUCGGAAGUGACCAAUGAAGCAUCACUGGCAGUGGCGGAAAUGUGCGCUCGCCAUGACGUGACCCCGUGGAAUAUACUGUGCUGGUAUCGUCACGACGUUAUCAAGCUGAUGGCUGGCCUAGCGGUCUGCAACUACCGCUUUUCAGGAAUCUCACUUUACCAAUCUCUGACCAUCGUGAGCCAUACGUUUGGCUGUCGUGAUCCGGUAGAGUUUGUCGGUAAACACUACAAGAUCAUGAUGGCAAUGCUGCUACCCUGGUGCCUACGCUACCCGAAAUGUGAUGAGUUGCUUCGCGAGCUAGCCGCCAUCGUCCGCAAGGAUCUGGUGGCGAUGCUGUCGAUGUCCUUUCUCACCAUCUAUACGUAUUUGUUCAUCAGCGAGGAGACGGAAGUUACGUACCGAUGCAUCGACUACAUUAUGAAGCUAACGGGCAACAGCUUUUGCCGUUUGCUGCACUCCGACAUAAAGCGUACGGUGUCAGAAAUUCUGAUCUUCUAUCACAUCAAUGCCGAAUGUGUGCUGCACGCGAUACGCAGCUUAUUGUCAAAGGACAGCGACACCGAUCAGCAGGUUCCUACCGCUCGAAUCGCCGAGUACAUUGCUGGGCGCUUCCUUGGCGUCCUAGCCUACUUUGAGGCAACGCUCGUGCAUCCGGAUGGAGAAAAAGUGUUAAAAUCGGAAGCACUGCUCAGCUUGGGUGACAUAAUACGGCUUCUGGGUGGUGAACACAUUACCCCAUUCCGGUUCAAAAUUAUUGCCCUACUUCGCACGGCACUAGGGCUACAGGUGCCAGCGCUGACGCGGCACUGUGUGAAGAUAUGGCGCAUCUUCGUCUGUACGGUCGAUGUUCGACAGCUCGGUCCAUUGCUGAGUACGAUUGUCGUUACACUUGAACCCCUGCUAGCCCAGUUUCCCGAUGAUAUCGACUACAUCUUCCGUUACCUGAUCAUGGAAAACAACAGUCUGCUCGGCCAGUUCAUUGGGGAUUUGUUCUUUCUCGAGGAUACGGCUAUAGCGGUGGAUGUAAAGCGUGCUGUGGCGCAGCGUGCUCCAACUCAUAGCGAACCACGAUACCGGUUUGCUUUCCGGCUAGACGAACUGAUUCGACACUGCAAUCACGAGAACUUAACUGUCCGUGCCUACGCAUUGGCUCAUCUUCGCCGUCUGUGCGCAAGCAAUCGAUCGGAGCUGAACGAAUCCAUUCUGGGUCAACACCAGCGGAUAAGCAUUGGCGCGAUUGCUACACUCGUGGAAACGCUGAUACGUGGUCUCGGCGAGCAGGAUGUGCAGAUUCAGUUGCGGGCAGCUGAAUGUCUCGGUGAGCUCGGUGCUCUUGCACCCAGCCAUCUUCCGCCUAUUUACGCACCGCCGGGCAUAGGGUUUGCGUUGAGCGUACACUCGGAUGCGUUCGCAAACAUCGCAUUGCGUGAGCUUUGUCGUGCGUACCAGCGGCAAAAGGAUACGAAGUAUGUCGAUAGCUUCUCGUUAGCCAUCCAGGAGAUACUGAAUGAACGGGGCGUUUCACCGAAGGCCGGCAAGAAGGUGGACGUGUGGGAAACGAUUCCGGAACGGCUUCGACCAAUCAUGGAACCGCUGCUUACCUCUUGCUACACAACCGUAGCGAAAGCUGCUCCAACGUUUCCACACCCCGUAUUCGGGUCUGUUCGUUCAAGUCUGGACUGGUCCUAUCAGUGGGCGUCACAGCUGAUCGAGAGCAUCGGUCACGAGGUGACGCGAAAUUUGCUACGUGCCUUCAAGCCGAGCCUACGGUGCGACAACGGUACACUGUCGCUGCUGUUACCCUAUAUUCUGCUGCAUUCCCUACAACUCUGUGACGGUGGUGAGCGACAGCGAGUCCGCAUCGCAGAGGAAUUGCAAACGGUCUUCGAUGCAGCUAUCGCCGAUAUCGACGAUGCUACCGUGGUGUUGCCUUCGUCUCGGGCUACACUGGGAAAGCUUAUCGAUCAUAAACCGCAAACUGCAAAUAGAAGCAGCAUCAUGGAUUCCAUGGUUAGCACCGAGGACAGCAAGAACACUGACAGCACCGCCUCGGAGAUGGCGGUUCAGUGUGCAAAGUUCGCUUUUGGUUUGUUCGAUUUCCUGGAGCGCUGGAAGCGACAGCAACUGAAAGCCGAUCCGAACAAUUCCGGUGCUACUAGUACCGAUGUAAAUGCACGCCGUAACGAGGCAGAAGUAGUGGAUGCAUUUCUGAACCGGUUCGAUAGCGAUCUGCUGGCAAAGGUGAACUUCAAGUGUCAUGAGUACGCCAGGGCUUUGCUUUACCUCGAGCAACGGUCGAUUGGUGAAGAUCGAGGAUCAAGGUUGCAGGAAAAGCUCCCGUUUCUGGCCGAGAUCUACUCACGGCUGGGUGACACCGAUUCGAUCGAAGGUGUGAUGGCACUUAAGGCCACCGAACCAACUCUUUCCGAGCAGAUUUUGUACCACAACGCCACGGGCCGACUGCAGGAAGCGGUAGCGUGCUAUGAAAGAUUGCUGCAAGUGACGGGAUCAGCAGCUGAGCCGCCCAAGCUAGAUGAUGUGAACAGCAUGAUCGAGUGCUAUUUACGAUUGGAUCAACCAGAAACAGCACUGCUUCUUUCAGAAAGUUUACUCGAUCGUUACUAUGAUACGGCGCUACGAGGUCCGUUGCAGGCGAUUCAAGCGGAACCUCUGUACCGUCUUGGACGGUUCGAAGAACUGGAAGAACUGCUCCAUUACCGACAAAAUACGUUGAGUACCGAACAACCAUUGGGUCAGCAUUGGGGCGUCAUCUGUGGAUCACUGAUCGUUAAAUACCGUCGAACGGGGCUAGAUGAUGUUGCUUAUGGAGAGUUUGAGGCACAACUGGAACGAGCCCGUUUGGAGGUAUUGCGUGGUAGAGGCCGGUCUGGGUCGCGGACGCUCGAUGAUCUUGGUACGUACGAGAAACGAUACGAACAGGUGCUGAAGCUGCACAUUAUCAGCGAGAUAGAGCAGUGUGGCUUUCUGAUGCGCCGCGUGCGGAAAAAUGGAACCACCCGGAAGACCAUCGAAGACGUAGGUCAGUUGAUUGGUAAUCUAAACACUCGGCUCGAGGUACUGCAACCGAAUGCGGUGACGCUCGAGCCCAUCAUUAGUUUGCGGAGAAUUUUACUGAAAGAGCUGAAGCUGACGGUUGAGCGGGAUGGUCGGAUCGAGUGUGAAACCGGCAGAGAGUUACGCCAACUGAUAGACCGUCAGAUUGGUGAGCUGUGGAUGAAGAGCACCGAGUUGGCUUCACGGGCCAACAUGUAUCAACAGGCACUGCUGUACAUUCUGCAUGCCGAAAGCUAUCGGCCACCGGAUUUGUUCAUAAAAAAUGCAAAACUUUUGUGGGAUCGACGUGAUAUGAUCGGCGCACUGAAGGUACUCGAACGCGGUGUCAAUGAGAUUCUUAGCGAGGCGGGAGGUGGUAGUUCCGCCAGCGUAACGCUGGCGAAUGGUGCCGACAGAAUGGCGUUACCGAAGGCGCUCUCGAGGGACAACCGUUUGAUCUAUGCUGAAGGGAAGCGAUUGAUCGCGGCGUAUAAUGCCGAAGCGUCCAACAUUUCGACCGAUUUGAAUUCUCGUUACUUCAAGGAGGCUGUCGCCGCGAACCCAGAAAGCGAGAUCACGCUCGUGCACCUUGCACAGUACGCUGACAAGCUGUAUGCGUCGAUGUCCGCCAGUGAACAGGACUCCCAGAGAGGCCAGGAAACGUUACUGGAAGUAAUGACAUGGUACGGCAAAUCGAUGAUCUAUGGGUCGGGCUACAUCUAUCAAUCGAUGCCACGUUUCCUGAGCAUUUGGCUCGAUUGUACCGCCAAAUUGUAUCCACGAGGUGGUGGUUCUAGUGAGUCGAAUUUACGAGACGGUGGUACGAGCGCGAUCCCGAGUGCUAGCCGUAAAAUUGCGCAGCAUAUGAACAAAAUGGUGCACAAGUUUCGGGAAACACUCUCGCCGUACUUCUUCUUCACGGCCUUUUCGCAGUUGAUCAGCCGAGUGGCGCAUCCAUCACCAGAAACGUACCAGGUGCUGAAAAGUAUCAUCAUCAAGCUGUUGAUUAAUUACCCGCAGCAAACACUCUGGAUGAUGCUGAGCGUGUACAAGUCAUCGUAUGCGAACCGUGUCCGUCGUUGCAUGGAGAUCUUGCACGAUCGUCAACUGUCGCAGGUGAGCGAUAUGGAUAAGCUGAUCAAAGAUUUCAAUGUUCUGGCGGAUCGGUUCAUCGAGCUGACCAACAAGGAAAUACCUGGCGGUGGAAGCAGCAGCCGUACGGCGACCGUGAAGGUGUCGGUAUCUAUGCUGGUAAAGGCAUUGCCGAAGCUGCUGGCGGAGAGCAAUUUCUCUAACGUGCUCAUGCCCAUACAAAGCUGCAUGCAGCUCGUGCUGGACAAGAGCUCUGGCAAUGCCUUCAAACCGUACCCGAUGAAUGCCAUUUAUAUACGGGGUAUCGAGGAGGAGGUGACGGUUUUGCACUCGCUACAAAAACCACGCAAAGUAACACUCCGCGGUCACAAUGGGCGGUUGUACACGAUGAUGAUGAAACCGAAGGAUGACUUGCGGAAGGAUUUUCGGUUGAUGGAGUUUAAUGCGGUGGUGAAACAGUUUCUGUCGCAGGAUCCGGAUGCGAAGCAUCGGCGGUUGCACAUCCGAACGUACGCGGUGCUGCCGCUCAACGAGGAGUGCGGUAUUAUCGAAUGGAUUUCGAAUCUAAACACGUUCCGUGGUAUCGUGUUCACGUACUACAAGCAGCGCGGACUGGGAAUGGGAGCGUCAGAGCUUCGGAAGCAUAACUAUGGCCGAAAUGAACCGUUGGCAAAGAAACGCGACGCGUUCCUAUCCAUCCUGUUGCCCCGGCAUCCGUCCGUGUUUGGAGAGUGGUUCCGUGAUUGCUUCCCUAAUCCGCAUAACUGGUUCCAAGCACGCUCAUCGUACAUUAAGACCACGGCCGUCAUCUCCAUUGUUGGAUACAUACUUGGGCUGGGCGAUCGGCAUGGUGAGAACAUACUGUUCGAUUCCACCAACGGCGAUACGGUGCACGUGGAUUUUAACUGUUUGUUUAAUCGUGGAGAAACCUUCCAAAUACCCGAGUGUGUACCGUUCCGACUAACCCACAACAUGGUGGACGCUAUGGGACCGCUGGGAGUGGAGGGGCUAUAUCGGAAAUGCUGCGAGAUCGUGCUGCGCAUACUGCAAACGAAAACGCCGACCCUAAUGUCCGUCUUGCGACCAUUCGUGUACGAUCCGAUGGUCUCGUGGAGCAAGAUCAGCGCCGGUCAUGGCGAUCAAAGCAGUCGCGAUAGCAGUACGGAGCGUACGGAUUCGGCGGCGCUGCAGAAUGUCCUGAACAUAGAGGAGCGCCUGAAAGGAUUUGUGAAAAUCAAUGGGAAACUGUCCAAUAUGCCUUUAUCGAUUGAAGGGCAGGUUAGUCAUCUGAUCAAGGAAGCGAUCGAUAUCGAUAAUCUUGCCCAGAUGUACAUUGGCUGGUCAGGGUACAUCUAAUCGUAUAGUCGGUGUCUCCUGGAAGUGGCCAGUGGAAUAGAAUGCAUUCUUCCAAAAGAAACGAAAAUCCUUUCAGGUAUUUAAAGAAUUUAUUGAUAU